UCAGUCAAUACACGAUAGCCAGCAAGCAAACAGUAUUUUAUUUUAAACCCCAGAGUUUUCGUGUAUUCUACAGUGGCGACGAGGACUAAACCAAACAGAUAUUGUGAUUCGGUUAAAAUACAAUCGAAAAAUUAAAAUCGACGAUGAAUUUAUCAAGUCUUUCAACCCUGGAGAAUUUUGAUUGUGAAGGAGAAAUUUCUUCUGUUGCUUUAAGAUGGAGAAAAUGGAAAAGGGCUUUGAAUAUAUACCUAGAGGCAGCAAGUAUCGACAGUCCCGCAAAAAAACGAGCUGUAUUAUUACAUAUGGGGGGAAUAGGCAUUCAAGAAAUAUACUAUAAUAUUCCUGGGGCACAUGUUGAAACUUCCGUUGAUGUAGAUAUUUAUGAAGUCGCUGUUCAAAAGUUGGAUGAAUAUUUCGCUCCUAAACAAAGCAAGGUGUUUGAAAGACACAUUUUUAGAUUAUUGAAGCAAGAUCAAGGAGAGAAAUUCGAGAGAUUCCUCAUACGCUUAAGACACCAAGCAGAAAAGUGUCAAUUCCAGAAUUUGGAGGAAAACCUUAUCGAUCAAAUUGUGGAAAAAGGAUGCAACUUAGAACUGAGAAAGAAAAUAUUAGCAGUUGGAGAUAGCAUGACUUUAGAGAUGAUUAUAAAUGAAGCUAAUUCCUUAGAAUCCGUAACACGACAGCUCGGGGAAUUCUCAGGAAAUCCAGAUACGCUAACCCAGGACAUUAAUUUAUUGCAACAUAAGCCAUCUGGAAGUCGUCGUGAAGAGGAAUUUUGUAGGCGAUGCGGUAGCACAAAACAUUCUUCUACAAGUUUAAAUUGCCCAGCUGUAAAUCAAGAAUGCGGAAAAUGUGGAUUUAAAGGACAUUUUAUGAGCCAAUGCAGAACAGCUCCUGGAAAAAGAAAAAAUAAAAGGUUAAACGUCAUUCCCCAAAAGCGGCAAUCCAAAUUUAAAAAAGCGAAAAUGUCGAACGCACAUGCCAUUGAAGAAAACUCCGAAGAUGAAGGCGACUAUGUGUUCCAUAUCGAUCAAGACGACACACUAUCAUGCAAAAUUGGUGGAGUGAACAUUGAUAUGCUCAUUGACUCAGGCAGUAAAUGUAAUUUACUGAGCCUAGAUGCCUGGCAAUAUUUAAAACGUGAGAGAGUUCAAGUCCAUAACCAGGUAAAAAAUCCAGACAAAAUAUUUUUAGCCUAUGCCAGUAAGGCACCCUUGACUGUCGUGGGAUCUUUUGAAGCAUUUAUUGAUGUUGGAAAUCAGCCUAUUAAAGCCGUAUUUUAUGUAAUAAAAAAUGGAAAUAAAAAUCUACUUGGUAAAAGAACGGCAAUAGAGCUAGGUGUUCUAAAAAUUGGUUUACAUAAUGUCAAUGCCACAACAAGCCCAUUUCCGAAAUUUAAGGACACAGUUGUAGAUAUUCCAAUUGACGAAACAAUACAGCCGGUAAGUCAGCCAUAUAGACGAGUACCAAUUCCACUGGAAGAAAAAAUCAACAGGAAACUUAAGGAACUUAUUGAUUUAGACAUCAUUGAGGAAGUGGCAGGAUCAUCUAAAUGGGUAUCUCCAAUCGUUCCAGUAUUAAAGGACAACGGGGAGGUUAGAAUCUGCCUUGACAUGCGAAGAGCAAAUUCAGCUAUUAUGCGUGAAAAUCAUCCACUUCCAACGAUGGACCAGUUAUUACCAAAAUUUAGAGGUGCAAAGAUAUUUUCAAAAUUAGAUAUAAAAAACGCAUUCCAUCAAAUCGAAAUUUCACCAGCCUCCCGUCAUAUUACUACAUUUAUUAGCAGCAAAGGAUUACUACGAUAUAAAAGACUGAUGUUUGGCAUAUCUUGCGCUCCAGAAAUUUUUCAGAAAUUAUUGGAACGUGUACUUGCCAAAUGUGACGGUGUUGUCAAUUUCAUCGACGAUAUUUUAAUUUUUGGAGCAACUCUAGAAGAACAUAAUAUGAGAUUAAAUAAUGUUUUAACAACUUUAGAUCAAAAUAACAUCCUACUAAAUAAAGAUAAAUGCAUGUUUAGAUUGAGAAGCGUUGAAUUUUAG